UUAUUAGAAUAUUAACAUUAUUAUGUAGGGACAAAAAGUUUCAAAUGGAAAUAGUCAAGCACUCAAGCAAAUACUUCCUAGUUGCUAUUGAAGUUAAGAGUUAUAUCAUUUCACUUUCUUUAUUGGUUUACGAGUUUCGUUUAAUAUUUGUUCCCCACAGAUCUUAACACUUCAAAGUUCAAUCUCCCCAUUUUCAUUUUUCCAUAGCAUAAGCUAACAAAAUAAGAAAAAUGAAGUUGAGGUCUUCAAUCGCAUUUAUUUGCAUUCUGGCGAGUGUGAGUGUGACAAUUUCAGAAUCAUUAAGCCAACAAGAGCAAUUGUCAGCAUAUGAAGUUCUUGAGAAAUACGAUCUCCCAGUGGGGCUUCUUCCAAAAGGUGCCACAGGGUAUGAGCUAAACGAAAAAAACGGGCACUUCACAGCGUAUUUGAAUGGAACAUGCUACUUCAGCAUAGAGUCGUAUGAGCUAAAGUACAAGUCCACAAUCAAGGGCGUGAUCUCCAAGGGCAAGUUGUCGAAGCUGAAGGGUAUUAGUGUGAAGAUUGAAGUGUUGUGGCUCAAAAUCGUGGAGGUCACUCGCGACGGCGAUGACCUCCAAUUCUCGGUGGGUGUUGCCUCUGCUGGCUUCAGCGUCGACAGCUUCUCAGAGAGCCCCCAGUGUGGGUGUGGAUUCGAUUGCAACUAUUUCAAUCAAAACGGUGAUGUUUCUUCUCUUUAGAUUUAAUUUGGAUCAGAAUGAAGAAUUCGGAUCUAUCUGUUACUAGGUUUUUUUUUCGUCCAUGAUUAAUUAUUGAUCACCAUCAUGUUGUUUUCCUUUGCGUAAAUUAUGACUAUGGUGGUGUUUUGCGGUAGACACUAAACAAAAGCAGCAUUGGCUGCAUCCCCACUUUGGCUUGUCGUCAAGUCUUACUUUUUUCAA